AUGGAAAGUAGAAGAGACAGCAGUAUCGCAGCCCCUAAGGAAGUUUCCAUGUCACCUCUGCCGCCGUCCCAACGAGCCGAGAUGUGGGACAUUGCAGAGGACGAUUUCUGGCGCAAGAAUGCCGUUCAACGCCAGGAACAGUUUGCCCAAGCCUCACAACGCUGGAAUCACGAUAGAUCAUCAACAAUCACCCACAUUCGGCACCUAGAGGCCGAAGCGCGUGAACUGAGAGAGAAAGAGGAAAGACUAAGCCGUGAGCUCAUGGCUAUCCGAAGUCAGGCGGCACUUGUCAAUAAUACGUAUAAUCACGAGGCCCAACGCUUGAACAAUGUCGACGCUCAACAUGAAAUGGAGAAGCAACAACUGGUCCAGAAACAAGAAAAGAUUCAAGAUAAGAUGCACGACUGGUUCAAGCAACGCAGAAAUCAGGAUGGCGUCCAAGAACGACAGUGGGCUCUGCCAGAACUUAACGACAAGAGACCUCCAGAGAGGCAACAGAAGCUGCCUUCGCUGGCUAAUUUACAUCUGCCCAGGGAAUCGCCUAAGCACGACGAUAGAAUUGUUGCCAUUAUCGACUCCGAUGGAACGAUACUUGAUAAGCUCGAAUACACUAGACUGUCAAAUGAACGCACAACAAACAUAUCAUCCCGAGCUGUUCUCCAGCCAAUCAAGAUUCGCAACGCCCAACGGUUCUUUGAUGACACAAGACCUAGCAUCUAUAGCUUCGCCGACGGCAAAGGCACUGGCUGGAUAGCUUGCAUGAUACAGGCGACCGGCUCUGCUCAGAAGAAGAAGUGUCAAGGCUGCAGCAAUAGCGAAAGCCCGUUUGAGGGUUGUAUUGCUGUUGGUGGCCGUCUUUUUCCAAAGUGCGGCAAUUGUGAGUGGAAUGGCAUAAGCUGCCAAGGACUGGAGCCUUUGUCUCCCAACAGCAUACUUGACCGCAGAUCAUCUGCCCUCGCACCUCUACGGAUCGUGCCGCAUUCGACGGCCAAUCUCAGCAUGUCUGGGCUUAGUCUCAAGUCAGCAUCUACUACCACCACACUGGCUGAUAUGCAAACACUGGCAGCGGAGGCCUCUGCCAAAGCGUAUGCAACACACUGCGGCCCACCGGCGGUAUCUGUGUCUGGUUUCAAACCUGUGAAUCAGACUACGAAUACCACCAGCUACCCACACGGCUCGAAAACGUCACCCUCUAGCUGCCCGACCUCGCGACAAAUGACUCCCUUGACGUUUCGGUCGGUGGAAUUUGCGACACCAGGCUCGUGCGACAUCACAAAAGAGACCCUUAUCUUACGACACAACGGCAGCUUUUAUGUGUAUCCCAAGUGUAUUGAAGGAGUGCCGGUUGAGAAGAUUACACCUAGCCAUCCGUACUGGGAACCUAAGUGGCCCGAUCUACGAACUUUGGUGGAACCCGUCCUACGCUCGUGGGAAGAAAAAUAUCAAGCAGCCGAGGAAGCCAACAGACGGGGCGAAGCUGUUGGCAGCGUCAAGUACCAGUACGGCCGCCAAGUCAACCGUGGAAACAAAAUACUCAAAUUUCUGGAGCAAGGCGCAAUCAGCCCGUAUCAACUCCUUAGCAAGCGGUUUAUGAGUGUAGGAAAGGGCAGUAUUACUUCUUAUGAUACUUUAUUUCGUCUCUGCGAGACGAUUGAGGCGCUUGCCGACUACAAGACAGAUGUUGAGCCCGUUGAUUGGCUGCGUCAGCGCUUACACGAGCUGAUUGAGGCGCAGGGUACUGGCUUUAACUUUUCAAAGACUAUUCACGACUUUUAUAAUGAUUCCAAACUCGCCGCACUACGGCAGAGAUCGGGAUUCAAGAGUAUCGGGCGACCUUCGGGUAUCAAGAUGCCGCGGAAAAGGACUGGGAGUGUGGAUGAAGCCACGCCCUCGGCCCCGCGUGCGCGGAAACGCAGAAAAGCAAGCUCGUACGGCACGCCAAGCCCGGCGGCUGAGUCAAUUCACGAGGCUCGUACAACUGAUGGCGACGUAGAGGAAGGCCCAGUUGGCAAGAAACAAAAGGCGGCGGCCAAAGUCUUGGAUAGCCUGGAGACGGGGGAAGUUUCGGACGCGGACUCUUGGAGUAGGGCUCCGAUUGCGCAGUUCGACUUCCGCAUCUAUCAAAUAAAGACGCGGCUGUUUACGAGCUCAGAAAAGGUGACACAGUACUGGGGCUGGGUGGCGGAGCGCAACAUGUUUGAGCACCAGGUCCUUGAGGGGACCGACCCGGUGAGGUGGGGUGUGCAUCGGGAGCCGAUUGACUUUAGCCUGCGUCUGGAGGACGUGGUCAAGAUCUCGUGGAAUCUCAAGGCGUUGCGUGUCUAUCUGGUGAUGAGCGACCGGCAGAUCUGCUUCGAGGACGACAAGCCGAGGGGAGACGUGAUGGUUUCAUUUAAGCGGGAGAAUACGAUGCGGCGAUUCAUCAAGUUUUGCCGAGGCCAGGAAAUCCAGCUCGUGGAAGAGACUUGGAAGAAGAUGGAGCAUCUAUGGGGGACGAUGCAGUCGGAGCGUCUGCCAGGGGGUGACGAGGAGCCCAGCGCGCGGCUAAAGGAAUAG